AGAAAAAAGAAAAAAGAAAAGCUGCGUCGUCCGUACUUCCUACAUAAUUCAAAGAGAGAGAUCGCAUUUUACCUAUCAUGCAUUGCUCAUGCUCCUUAAAGCAUAUGUGAAAAUGCAUGCAAUUUCUAGCACUGCUCUUAGUGAUGUGAACAAAAAGGACUUGGAAGGGCUGCUUGAAGUUUUUGGUUCCGCAUUUGCUCUUGAGGAUAUUGCAUCUGCUUAUUGCCGGGCAAGGCGAGAUUCAAAUUUGACUGCAGAAAUUCUGAGUGGAAUGCAUGGAACUAUCUCUACCACAGUUCCUGCUGAGAAGUUAGCGGCUGAAGAUGCCACACCAUUGAUGUGGCCUUCUCUUUUGGACAGCACAAAAACACUAUCAUCAAAAUGGCCAUCCGAUAAUUACGUUGAGAAGACUUCCGACGGACAAAAAAGGAAACUAAAGUCAAAAAAGUGUUCCGCAUCAAUGGGUACUGUUUCAAGUGUAAUUGGCAAAGAGUAUGCUAAAACUAGGCAAUUGACAAACGAGUCUGUGGAGGCAAAGAAACCACUCAAAUUAGAUUCUCACGAGUUUCCCGUCUCUGAGAUUUGGAGUGACAAAAAACCAGCUAGUGUGACAAGGAAGGACCCUUCACAAGUCGAUAUUGAGGAAUUUCUUUUUAAGAUGCUUGGAGAAGGCUUUCAACUCGAAAUGCCCGUGAUUCAUGAGGUUCUGGACCAUUGUGGGUAUGACAUACAAAAGAGCAUUGACGAGCUUCUUGGUUUAUCACCCUCAACGCUAGAAAAUUGUGAAAAUGUUGGUUGCAAGGCUGAUGAAAAUUCUACAGAAAUAUCUUUAGAGGAGGAAUCUUUUCCACUUCAAGAACACAUGAAACUGCUAAAUUCUGCUCAAAGCAGCGGAGAUGGAUUGAUGGCGGGAAAUUUAACAAGUUCACCAAAAAAAGGAAAAGAUAGAAUUAGCCUUCAGGAGGAAGUUCUACAAACAUUGUUUGAUUUUUCCGAUAGAUCUGAAGAAGCACCCAAAAUAACACGCCGGGUGAGGUUAGUGAAGAGAUCAAAAGCAUUUGGUAAACCAGUGGUUGAAUUUUCUAACAAUGCUACACGAGAACGUGAGCCUUCUACUGCAGAACCACAAGUGGUUACUAAAGAUGAGGAUGAUGAUAACAGCUAUGAGGUCCUACGUACAGCUGUCAAGGAAUAUUGGAAUACAAUGAGGGAGUACUACAAAGCUGCUAUUGACGCAUUUGUUGAGGGUGAUCAUGCAAGGGCACAUAAACUCCUAGAGCAGGGACAAUUUUUUAACAAAAAGGCCAGAGAAGCAGAUGAUAAAUCAUGCCAAAAGCUUACUGAAGCCAGUGAUGAGGAGGUAGUCUCCCUUAAGUUGCACGAGCUUGAACCCAAGGAAGCUUUAGAUCUUAUGAGGUUUCAUUUAACCUCUCUUUCCGGCAUCCCAUCUAUCAAAUACCUGAGAGUCACAGUGGAGAGCAACAGUGAAGAUACUGCAAAUGGGAAACGGAAGAGGCUGAUAAUGAAGCAACUGGAGAAGGAAUCCAUAAAAUGGAAUGAAGAAGAGAAUGGUAAGACAAUACUAAUCCAAGUUGAUGUGAUUGAUCCAAAACGCUUGAGUUUUGCAAACAAGUAUGGGGUGGAGGAUCAGGGUAAAAGAAGGCUUAAACCUGCCAAUUUGCUAUAUCCUUCGUAGCUGCUAACUUGACCCGAAGCCAGAAGGUGGUUCUCUUCCCAAAACUUCAAUGAAAUUCUUGUUUUUUUGUCUUACUGAUCAAAGAAUUUACCUCUUUGAUUUACCUGAAAGUAAAAACAGCACUCGUAGUGAUUUAAAGAUUCUUUAUGGGCAGAACUAGAAAUUGUUGUUUUGGACUUGUAAGUAGGAAAGACCGUUAUAAUUCUAUUUUGUUGCAA